CCGACAUGCGGGGUCUGCCUUUGCUCUCUGUCGCUGCACGACUUCCAGCCCGAAACGCCAGAGGAUCUGUUGUCGGUGUGGAAUAACGGCUCCGGCGGUUCUGGCACAGGGGCUGACAGGCGACGGAUAGCUGCCUGCUUUGCCCGGCGCCGGGAGCCACCGACCGGCCGCUGGGAACCGGAGGGCUUGGGAGGCUAGUUAACUGGCAGUAGCCGGGGGAGAGCCCUUUCGGGCCAGCGUCCGAACACACCUCGCUGCGUUGACGCCGACUCUAAAGGUGACAGCGUGGCGAUGGAGUGAAAGAUGAAGGGUGGAACUGUCCCAUCAUCCAAAUAAGAGGACUUCUCUCUCUCAGGUUCUGCUCUGCAGCCUAACUGUGUGACUGAGCUGGGAGACGGAGAAGAAGAUGCCUCCCAGGCCGUCCUCAGGGGAGCUAUGGGGCAUCCACUUGAUGCCUCCAAGGAUCCUGGUGGACUGCCUGCUGCCCAAUGGGAUGAUUCUGACCCUGGAGUGUCUCCGUGAGGCCACGCUCAUCACCAUCAAACAUGAGCUGUUCAAGGAGGCCAGGAAAUAUCCCCUUCAUCACCUCCUACAGGAGGAGACAUCCUACAUCUUUGUCAGUGUUACACAGGAAGCAGAGCGGGAGGAGUUCUAUGAUGAAACUCGGAGGCUGUGUGACCUCCGACUCUUCCAGCCCUUCCUCAAGGUCAUUGAACCAGUUGGCAACAGAGAGGAAAAGAUCCUCAACAGAGAAAUUGGUUUUGCCAUUGGUAUGCCUGUGUGCGAGUUUGACCUUGUGAAGGACCCUGAGGUUCAGGACUUUAGGAGAAACAUCCUGAAUGUUUGUAAAGACUCUGUGGAGCUGAGGGAUGCCAGCGGGCCACACAGUAGAGCACUGUAUGUUUACCCACCCAAUGUAGAAUCCACACAGGAACUUCCUAAACACAUCUAUAGCAAACUGGACAAAGGUCAGAUUAUUGUUGUGAUUUGGGUGAUUGUUUCUCCGAACAAUGACAAACAAAAGUAUACACUGAAGAUCAACCACGACUGUGUGCCUGAACAGGUGAUUGCAGAGGCCAUUCGCAAGAAGACACGCAGCAUGCUGCUGUCCCCAGAGCAGCUAAAGAUGUGUGUUCAGGAGUACCAGGGUAAAUACAUCCUCAAAGUUUGUGGCUGUGAUGAGUACCUGCUGGAAAAGUACCCCAUCAGUCAGUAUAAGUAUAUCCGUAGUUGCAUCAUGCUGGGCAGGAUGCCUAACCUGAUGCUAAUGGCUAAGGACAGCCUGUACACGCAGUUGCCUACAGAUAACUUUGUCAUGCCGUCAUACUCUCGACGGAUCUCCACAGCAACAUCCUAUAUGAACGGCGAGGCAGCUGCCAAGUCACUGUGGACCAUCAAUGGAACUCUGCGAAUAAGAAUCCUCUGUGCCACCUAUGUUAACGUCAAUAUACGGGACAUAGACAAGAUAUAUGUGAGGACAGGCAUUUACCAUGGAGGUGAACAGAUGUGUGACAAUGUCAACACCCAGAGAGUACCCUGCUCUAACCCCAGGUGGAAUGAGUGGCUCACCUAUGACAUGUACAUCCCAGACAUCCCCCGUGCUGCCAGACUCUGCCUCUCCAUCUGCUCUGUCAAGGGCAGGAAGGGAGCCAAGGAGGAGCACUGUCCAUUAGCUUGGGGUAAUGUCAACUUGUUUGACUACACUCACACUCUAGUGGCCAACAAGAUGGCUCUGAACCUCUGGCCUGUCCCUCAUGGCCUUGAAGACCUCCUCAACCCCAUAGGAGUCACUGGAUCAAACCCCAACAAGGAAACACCAUGUUUGGAGUUGGAGUUUGACCACUUUAGUAGUCCAGUCAAAUACCCAGAUAUGAAUGCAGUAGAGGAUCACGCAAAUUGGAUCAUCUCGAGGGAGCUGGGAUUUAACUACAACCUCUCUGGGCAGAGUAAUCGUGUGGCCAGAGAUCACGCCCUGACAGAGAGCGACACUGAGCAGCUGAGACAGCUGAGUAACAGGGACCCUCUGUCAGAUAUCACUGAGCAGGAGAAAGACUUCCUCUGGAGACACAGGCACUACUGCAUGAACAUCCCUGAGAUCCUUCCCAAGAUCCUUCUGGCUGUCAAAUGGAACUCCAGAGAUGAAGUAGCACAGAUGUACUGUCUGUUAAAGGAGUGGCCAUCUAUCCGUCCUGAGCAGGCCAUGGAGCUGUUGGACUGUAACUAUCCAGACCCCAUGGUCAGACACUUUGCUGUACGCUGCCUUGACAAAUACCUGACUGAUGACAAACUGUCCCAGUACCUGAUCCAGCUUGUGCAGGUAUUAAAAUACGAGCAAUAUCUUGACAAUCCACUGGCCCGCUUCCUCCUGAAAAAGGCCCUGACCAAUCAAAGGAUAGGACAUUUCUUCUUCUGGCAUCUCAAGUCGGAAAUGCACAAUAAAACUGUGAGCCAGAGGUUUGGGCUGCUGUUAGAGGCUUACUGCAGGGCUUGUGGCAUGUACCUCAAACACCUGAGCAGGCAGGUAGAGGCCAUGGAGAAGCUCAUAAACCUCACUGACAUCCUUAAACAGGAGAAAAAGGAUGAGACGCAGAAGGUCCAGAUGCGAUUUCUUGUGGACCAGAUGAAGAGACCAGACUACAUGGAUGCUCUGCAGAACUUCACCUCUCCUCUCAACCCUGCACACCAACUAGGAAACCUGAGGUUAGAUGAAUGCAGGAUCAUGUCAUCAGCAAAAAGGCCGUUGUGGCUGAACUGGGAGAAUCCUGACAUCAUGUCCGAGCUCCUCUUUCAGAACAACGAGAUAAUCUUCAAAAAUGGAGAUGAUUUACGCCAAGACAUGCUGACGUUGCAGAUUAUUAAAAUCAUGGAGAAUAUUUGGCAGAAUCAGGGACAGGACCUACGGAUGCUUCCCUAUGGCUGUCUGUCAUUAGGAGACUGCGUGGGUCUCAUUGAGGUGGUUCGCAGCUCCCACACCAUCAUGCAGAUUCAAUGUAAAGGAGGCUUGAAGGGGGCCCUGCAGUUCAACUCAAACACUCUGCAUCAGUGGCUCAAGGACAAGAACAAGGGCGAGAUGUAUGACAUGGCUGUGGAUCUGUUUACGAGGUCCUGUGCUGGCUACUGUGUAGCUACAUUUAUCCUUGGCAUAGGAGACAGGCACAACAGCAACAUUAUGGUGAAAGAUGAUGGACAGUUGUUUCAUAUAGAUUUUGGCCAUUUCCUGGAUCAUAAGAAGAAGAAAUUUGGCUACAAGAGAGAGCGAGUGCCCUUUGUACUGACGCAAGACUUCCUCAUCGUCAUCAGCAAGGGAUCCCAGGAGUGCACAAAGACCAAAGAGUUUGAGAGGUUCCAGGAGAUGUGUUAUAAAGCCUACCUGGCCAUCCGGCAGCAUGCUAACCUCUUCAUCAACCUGUUCUCCAUGAUGCUGGGCUCUGGUAUGCCUGAGCUGCAGUCAUUUGAUGACAUUGCCUACAUCAGGAAGACUCUGGCCCUGGAGAAAAGUGAGCAGGAGGCGUUGGACUACUUUAUGAAACAGAUGAACGAUGCUCACCAUGGAGGAUGGACCACUAAGAUGGACUGGAUAUUCCACACAAUUAGACAGCAUGCACUAAACUGAUCUUCUGCACACAAACAAAAAACACCAGUCCCACCAUGGAGUAUUUACUUCUGUCAGCCUGACGCAGCAUUAGUCUUUCAAGGAGUUUAGUUCUGUUACAG